GCUGACAUGACUUUUGCAGAAAACAACAAAUUUAUGUGAUUCCCUAUUCACAGUAUUCUCAUUAUUUGUGAUUAUUCUGAUUAUGUGUCAUCAAAGAUCUAAUAAUAUUAAAUAUAAAAUUCUUUGAAGUUGAUAUGAAUAUGAGUUGAUUCGAUUACUUUGUUCCAUCAAUUAUUUGUUGAUACUUAUCAUACAACAACACUUUUAUCAGUCUGGUCAAUAAUUAAAGGAUUAAUUUUACAUUUUCUAUAUAGCAAUGAACUCAUCAUUAUAAAAGUUUUGAAUAUUCCAGUACGCAGUAAAUAUUACACAUUUCAUAGUUUAAACCUGGAUACUGGAUAGAACUAAACUAACAGAUAUGAUGGGUUUAUUUGGAACAUCCAAUGAUCCUGUAGUUGAUGAAGUAGAGUCGGCCACAACUGAGAAAAAUGUUGAGGAGGAUUGGAGUCUUAUUAUGAACAUUUGUGACAGUGCUGGAAAAUCACCAGAGGAUGCAAAGAACUACCUUCAAGCUAUAACCAAACGUUUAUACAAUCCUGAUCCCCAUGUUGGUAUUAAAGCUGUGACUCUAUUGGAUGCAUGUAUCAAGAAUUCUGGCAAAAAAUUUCACACAGAAGUUGCGUCUAGGGAUUUUGAAACCCAUUUCACAAAAUUGAUGACCAAGGCACACCCAAAUGUAUCAAAAAAGCUUAGGGAAUCUUUGAAAAAGUGGGCUGACAAUGAAUUCAAAUCUGAUGUCCAGCUUAGUUUAAUACCAUCUAUGAUAUCUAAGUUGAAGGAUAUUGGCUUGGAUUUUACUGUGGAAGAACUGGAGGAAGAACAGAUCAUGAAAGCCAUCGAGCUAUCUCUCAAGGAAUCCGGUUCUCCCAGGUCCACCUCUAAGUUGAAUCAAUCCAACUCCUUGUACCCUUCCGUCAAUAUGUCGGGAUCCGCUUCUUUGCCGGCUAGUUCCGUUCCAGCUAAAGAGUCCAGGAAGGUGAGGGCUUUGUACGAUUUCGAAGCAGUCGAGGACAACGAGUUGACGUUUACUAGUGGAGAAAUCAUAUUUGUGCUAGACGAUAGCGACUCCAACUGGUGGAAAGGAAGUAACCAUAGAGGAGAAGGACUAUUUCCAGCCAAUUUUGUUACAGCUGAUUUAUCAGUGGAACCAGAAUCAUUCUUGUACGAUAAAGCAAAGAAAAUGGUUCAGUUCAAAGAACCUGCUGAGGUUAAGAUAAUGAAAGAAGAACCAGAAGUGAUAGAAAUAAAUGAGCAGAAAAUUGAUAGACUAUUACAUUUGUUACAUGAAGCUGACCCCACAAACCCAGAGAAAGACACUGAAGAGAUGCUUCAUUUAGAAAGUGAGUGA